AUGCUACUGACAUCCAGACUCGCCCUACUCCUGGGGGCGGCAUCGACUGCCGUGGGAUAUGUUGUUAAUAAUGGAACCACCUGCUACGUCUACCCCGAAUCCUUGACGCAUUCUGGCCAGCCGGUCGACGACACCCCCUCAAUCUUACAGGCCUUUGAACUGUGCGGCACCAAUGGCACCGUCAUACUAACUAAUCAUACCUUCCACGUCGACCAAGUCAUGAACACAACCAAUCUACUCAACUGCAACGUUGAACUGCACGGUGAGAUGGUCUGGAGCACGAAUGUGCCAUACUGGCUUAGCCACAGCUACUCGGUUGUUUAUGCGGACCUGUCCACCGCUUGGUUAUUUGGCGGAACCAACGUCACUUUCCGAGGGUUUGGCAUGGGGAAGUUCAACGGGAACGGUAUGGAGACUCUCUUUGUGUGGUACGAUGAGAACCGUAACAACAGCAACCAGCCUGGCCGGCCGAUCGGCGUCACCAUCUAUAAUGCAACUAAUCUGUAUAUGGACGGUCUCACCUGGACGGAAUCCCAGUUCUGGCAUUCUUUUAUCUCCUACUCUCAAAACGUUACCAUGUCUAAUAUCUUCAUGAAAUCGGUCAGUCAUGACACUUGGUUCACUGUCAAUACCGAUGGAGGAGACACCUGGAACUCCAGGGACAUAUUUUUCUACAACUGGACCGUGCAGGGAGGAGAUGACUGCAUCGCCAUCAAAGGCAACAGUACCAACGUCGUUGCGAAGAAUAUCACCUGCUACAACACGCAUGGUAUGCCGAUCGGCUCCGUAGGCCAGCUCCCAGGCCACCCGGACUACGUCCAGGAUAUCGUCUUUGAAGAUGUUCACCUCAUAAACUCCACCAAUGGUGCUUGGAUCAAAACGUGGCAAGGUAAAAACCAGGCCAUGACGAACAAUGGCGAUUCCGGCGGCGGCGGCGGCGGAUGGGCUAAGAAUGUCACCUUCCGCAACUUCCGGAUGGAAAAUGUUGGACAACCGAUCAGCGUGACGCAGUGCGUGUAUGGAAAUGACCCGAGCAUUUGUGACACAAGCCAGGUUCGCAAUUCGAUUUCUAUUCCCCCAAUCCCACAAUCAUUCGCUGACGCGGCAAAACAGUUCCAAAUUUCUGAUAUCACCUGGGAAAAUAUCACUGGCACGUCGCACUUUGACAUCACUUCGUCAAUCCACUGUUCAGAGAAGGCACCCUGUUCGGGUCUGACGUUCAUCGACGUCGACAUCCAGACCGUCAAUGCGUCUAUGGGCCUGCCGAGCCUGCCAUCGCUGAACCUCUGCGCUCACCUGAUCGGCUCACGAGACUUGACAGGCAUCUCAUGCAACGGGUUCGCACCCAACAACCUCCCCAAUGUUCUGUAUCGAAACUGGCCGGAAUUGGCGAACAGCACAAUGGUGAGCGUGACCGUGCCAGAAGCACAGAGGGACAACUGUCUCCACCCGGGGCCUGACCCCGCAGCGAGUGGGUGCGAUGUCUCAGGUUAUCGUGAAUGA